AGUAUAGAGAGAUGGAUGAGAGUCUUGCAAACCUGUCAGAAGAUGAGUAUUACUCGGAAGAAGAGAGAAAUGCUAAAGCUGAGAAAGAGAAAAAACUACCACCACCACCUCCACCAGCUCCUGCAGAAGAAGAGAAUGAAAGUGAGCCAGAGGAGCCAUCUGGGCAAGCAGGAGGACUUCAAGACGACAAUUCUGGAGGGUAUGGAGACGGCCAAGCAUCAGGUGUGGAGGGUGCAGCUUUCCAGAGUAGACUUCCACAUGACCGUAUGACAUCUCAAGAAGCUGCCUGCUUCCCUGAUAUAAUCAGUGGGCCACAGCAGACUCAGAAGGUGUUUCUGUACAUCAGGAACCGCACCCUGCAGCUCUGGUUGGAUAAUCCAAAGAUCCAGUUGACGUUUGAGGCAACUAUCCAACAACUAGAAGCACCUUAUAACAGUGACACGGUGCUUGUUCACAGAGUACACAGCUAUCUGGAGCGGCAUGGCCUAAUCAACUUCGGUAUCUACAAAAGAGUGAAGCCCCUUCCAACCAAGAAGACUGGAAAGGUGAUCAUUAUCGGUUCUGGCGUCUCUGGGUUGGCAGCAGCUCGCCAGUUGCAGAGUUUUGGAAUGGAUGUCACAGUUCUGGAAGCCAGGGACCGAGUAGGAGGAAGAGUUGCUACCUUUCGCAAAGGGAACUAUGUUGCUGAUCUAGGAGCAAUGGUGGUAACAGGACUUGGAGGAAAUCCCAUGGCUGUGGUCAGCAAACAAGUGAAUAUGGAACUGGCUAAGAUCAAACAAAAAUGCCCACUUUAUGAAGCGAAUGGACAAGCUGUUCCAAAAGAGAAAGAUGAAAUGGUGGAGCAAGAAUUUAAUCGUCUGCUGGAAGCCACCUCCUAUCUCAGUCAUCAGCUGGAUUUUAAUGUUCUCAAUAAUAAGCCUGUCUCCCUAGGUCAGGCUCUGGAGGUUGUCAUACAAUUGCAGGAGAAGCAUGUGAAGGAUGAGCAGAUUGAACACUGGAAGAAAAUUGUGAAAACACAAGAGGAAUUGAAAGAUCUUCUUAACAAGAUGGUGAAUUUAAAAGAGAAGAUUAAAGAACUUCAUCAACAGUAUAAGGAAGCAUCAGAAGUGAAGCCACCUCGGGAUAUUACAGCAGAGUUCCUUGUGAAAAGCAAACACAGAGAUCUGACUGCGCUUUGCAAGGAGUAUGAUGAAUUGGCAGAAACACAAGGAAAGCUGGAAGAGAAGUUACAAGAACUUGAAGCCAAUCCACCGAGUGAUGUUUAUCUAUCAUCGAGAGACAGGCAAAUACUUGACUGGCAUUUUGCAAACCUAGAAUUUGCUAAUGCUACACCCCUAUCAACGCUUUCAUUGAAGCACUGGGACCAGGAUGAUGACUUUGAGUUCACAGGCAGUCACUUGACUGUGAGGAAUGGAUAUUCCUGUGUGCCGGUAGCCUUGGCAGAAGGGUUGGAUAUUAAAUUAAACACAGCAGUUCGACAGGUUCGCUAUACAGCAUCAGGCUGUGAAGUGAUAGCUGUAAAUACCCGAUCUACUAGCCAGACUUUCAUUUACAAAUGCGAUGCUGUGCUGUGUACUCUUCCCUUGGGAGUAUUGAAGCAGCAGCCGCCAGCAGUACAGUUUGUGCCGCCUCUUCCCGAGUGGAAAACUUCCGCAGUGCAGCGUAUGGGCUUUGGCAACCUUAACAAGGUUGUGUUAUGUUUUGAUCGUGUGUUCUGGGAUCCAAGUGUCAAUUUGUUUGGUCAUGUUGGUAGCACUACUGCAAGCAGAGGAGAACUCUUUCUGUUUUGGAACCUGUACAAAGCACCAAUUUUGUUGGCCUUGGUAGCAGGCGAAGCAGCAGGGAUCAUGGAAAAUAUCAGUGAUGAUGUCAUUGUCGGACGGUGCCUUGCCAUCCUCAAAGGCAUCUUUGGUAGCAGCGCUGUGCCGCAGCCUAAAGAGACUGUGGUGUCCCGCUGGCGGGCUGACCCGUGGGCCCGGGGAUCGUACUCCUAUGUAGCAGCUGGAUCUUCUGGAAAUGACUAUGAUUUGAUGGCUCAGCCAAUUACUCCAGGGCCAGCCAUUCCAGGUGCUCCUCAGCCUAUUCCUCGCCUGUUUUUUGCGGGAGAACAUACAAUUCGCAACUACCCUGCGACUGUUCAUGGUGCUUUGCUGAGUGGACUGAGAGAAGCCGGUCGCAUUGCAGACCAGUUUCUUGGGGCCAUGUAUACUUUGCCUCGCCAGCCUACGCCUGGGGUCCCCCCGCAACAAGCUACCAGCAUGUAAGAAAAGUAGAAGGUGUCAGAAGAGGAGCAACAAGACCACAGUGCUGCUGUUGUCCACUCUUUGGGAUGAAGAUGUUCACGUAGUCUGUAACAGUAUCUGCCGAAGGGACU